ACCGGCUCCAUCUCAUUCCACUUACCCCGUUCAAGGGUUGUUCAUUUUCUACAAUGUGCUAGUCGACUGUCUGGCUGUCCUGCUUCCAUACCCCUGGUUUAAUAGUCUUUCUCUCGUACCGCUUCCUUCAAGCCUUGCCAUGGAGGCUCCACCCGAUGCUCUGGCUUACGAUGGCUCGGCAACUUCGGUGACGAUGCGUGCUGCGAAGGAUAUUGCCUUUGGUAGCAUCGCAGGAAUGAUAUCCAAAGUAUUUGAGCAUCCCUUCGACCUCACCAAAGUGCGUCUACAGUCGCAGGUCCUGGAUGAAACGGCGCGUUUCAGUGGACCAAUUGACUGCUUGAAGCAGACGUUCCAGAAGGAGGGUAUUCGUGGGCUUUAUAGGGGCUUGCCAGCUCCGAUCGUUGGAGCCAUGACAGAGAAUGCUGCCCUGUUUCUCUCGUAUAAUGAACUUCAGAACGGAAUACGGAAACUUAUAGACAAACCUAUCUCGCAAGACCUAACUUUGGGUGAGCUGUCAAUAGCUGCAGCCGGGGCAGGCGCUAUCACGAGUUUCUUCUUGACUCCAAUAGAGCUUGUAAAAUGUAAAAUGCAAGUUCAGAUGCUGAUGUCUCCCGCUGUGACCGUCGAGCCGUCAACAGUAGCAGGCGUAGCAACAGCCUCACAUCAUCCCUCGCCUUCGUUUAGCAAGCUCCCAGGACCCAUCGCAGUCCUUACCUCUGUCGUUCGAGAGACUGGUUUCCGAGGUCUGUGGCUCGGACACACAGGUACCCUCAUUCGAGAGACAGGUGGUGGAGCAGCUUGGUUCGUUUCCAAAGAAGCCGUCGCUCGUUUGCUUCUUUCGCGUCGUCAAAAUACUGAAUUCUCAGGCGAUGCACCACAAAACGAGACAGCCCCAAAGAAAAAACCAGAACUGAGGGGCUGGGAAUCAGCCGUUUCAGGUGCUUGCGCUGGCGUGGCGUACAAUGUCGCGCUCUUCCCUGCUGAUACCGUGAAAAGUGCAAUGCAGACCGAGGCGGAGUUGAGACCUCGUGCAGCAGGACAAGCUGCACCGUCAUUUAUAGCGAUAUUUAGGGCGAUGUACAAGGCGCAGGGACUGAAGGGGUUAUACGCUGGGUGUGGUGUCACUGUUGCCAGAGCAGUACCGAGCAGUGCGCUCAUUUUCUUGAUAUACGACAAGCUCAGUAGUCGCUUCGGCUAGCGUUGAUGAGUAGGAUCCGGGUGGAUAGACAUAUAGAACAUGCUGUAUUAUAACUACAUCUAGAUCAUUUUGCGCCCGUAACCUUCUUAAAAUCAGCCAGUGUCUGGUCUAUCGUCUUGAUAUAUUUGUCCGCAAGUUUCU